AUGUCAGGUUUAGGAGCACGGGUCACUACAUAUGGCAAGAAGAAGACUCAAAUCAUCUCAAUCCACAGCGACAUCUCCAAUCCCAUCGUACCAUCAUCUCCCUUACCCUCACACAUACAAGGCAAGACCAAACGACCAGUACUCCAAACAAAAUUAUCCAAUGAUAUCUCAAAUCUUCCAUCUACACCAUUGCCUCUUUCCAAGGUUAAAGCAAAAAGCAAAAUAAUCGAAGAUGAGAUACAGCCAAUAUCGGUACCUACAAGUCCUGAGAUCAUCUUCAAAGCUCAUAGAAGAGUGAACCGACCAGGCAAAGUCGUUAUACCCAGAUCACCCAUUUCAUCCCCCGCAUCAACAAUCAAACCAAAAACAAAAUCCAGAAAGAGUAUCCCAGAAGUAGUUAUACCUACUUCAAGGAAGGUUAAACCUUUAGGCGAAUUGACUAAACAAUUCAAAGAGGUAACUAUCGAAGACACACCAUUUUCUGCCGCUGAAGAUGUUUCGCCUAUUGAAGAUCCCCAGAUUGCGCUUGGCGACUUACUGUCAGCCUGCUCUUCAUCAACCAUCGGUCAAUUUACGAAUUUCCUGGAAGGAGGUCGAUUGCCAGAGUAUUGUAGUAUAAGAAAAGUAGGGGAAGCAUCGUAUUCUGAAGUAUUUGGACUGGUAGUAAAUGCAGAAGUGAGAUAUGUCUUGAAAGUGAUUCCAUUGCUUUCGUCAGCGGAAGUGAAUAAGACAGAUGGACCGAUGCCUGAUUGUACCAAGGUAGAAGAUGGAAAGAGGGAAAUUGAGGUGACUAAAAGGAUGAGUCAAGUUCCAGGUGGAGGAUUCGUAGAGUAUAUCGGAUCAUAUGUAGUUGAGGGUGUAUACCCCCAGCAACUACUGGAAGAAUGGGACGAAUAUAAGGGGACCGAAGGCUCAGCAAGUGUACGACCAUCCGCUUUCCCUUCCACGCAGAAAUACUGCCUCCUCCUUCUUUCCCACGCCGGCACAGAUCUUGAAACCUUCAAAUUCUCCCAAACACAAGGAUGGCUCCAAGCUGCUGGGGUGUUUUGGCAGAUAGUCUCGUCUCUUGCCAGAGCAGAGAGGUGGACAGAAUUUGAGCAUCGAGAUUUACAUGAAGGUCAGAUCCUUAUUCAUCCUUUCAAGCCGUCCCAAGAUGAUGAAGUAGAGGAUUACCUGGCCCCUUCUGCAAGUGGUGUGCAGACUACAAUGAUUGAUUUUGGCCUAUCACGCUUAAAGAUACCCGUUUCAAGUCAUUCGGAAUCGGUAUGGACGGAGAUACCGAAAGAAGUGUACGAAGGCAAAGGUGCUCAAUGGGAUUUGUAUAGGUUGAUGAGGGAUAAGGUCGAAAUUGAGAAAGGGAUUGAAGGGUGGAAGGGUUUCAACCCUAUCACAAAUGUUAUGUGGCUCCAUUACAUCCUCACCUACAUGUUCAACACCAAACUUCCCCGUCAACCUAGGCAGCCCAAUCGACGAUCUUCAAGAGCCAUGAAAACCUACGAAAGAGAAGAAAGGGCAAUGAGCAUCUUGCACCAAACCGAAAAAUUGUUAGGAUGGAGUAUCGAUAUUGAAAAGGAUAAGCGACGAAAGGGUUUGAGAGGUCAGGUGGAAUACGGGGAAGAAGAUAGGUUGAAUAGUGCGAUGGAUGUUCUGAAAUGGGGUGUGACAGAGGGUUGGGUCAAAGUUUAG